GUUUUGAAUGUAUUGAUGUUGACAGGUUGCUAAUUUUCAAUGGGCUUUGCUACUGAUUAAUCUUGUAGGAACAUACUCAGUUCCAUAUUCGCCUUGUCCAGAUGUUUUCAUUUAUAAGUGGAUGAACAAUUCUGGUCCUUGGGUUGGUCUAAUUACAGCACCCCCUCCACCGAAAGUAAUGCAACUUAAAUUGGAUGUUUACUUGUAUUUGACAGCUGCUCUCCCCACGAAAUAUGCUGGUAUACUGGAAUUGUACGAGCCAAAAAGUAUUAUUGUGAAACGUUUGGUAUUGAGAGAAUUUCUUCCAAUAAAAUAUGUUAUUCAAUUUCCAUUGGUCAAUCCUCUGCCAACUGUGAAGAACAUUACUUUCAAUGGGAAAACGUUGUGUCUAGGACCAAAAGUGAUUGCACCGGUUGUAACGACUAUUCACCUGGAGCAUACGUUAUAUCCACCUCUAGGCACAAUGGAACAAGUUCCCGCGCGUCCACCAAAUAUUAUCCCGAAUGGGGCUGCCACGAGGAUUAAUUUAGGACCAGAAUACGUUGAAGAUAAUGAAGAAUGUGGCCGGGCAAUUAAAGUGAAUCCUCUAAUUAUUGGUGGAUCGAGUAUUGAACGAGGGUCUUGGCCUUGGUUGGUAGCUGUAUACAUGAUUGAUGCUCUUGGAAUCAAAUUCCAUUGCAGUGGUACCCUGAUCACAUCGAAGCAUGUGAUAACAGCUGCCCACUGUGUGAGUCAUGACUCAACUGGUGUUCUUACGGAGGAUUCAGUGUUCAUUUACUUGGGAAAGUUCAACCUCAAACAAUGGACUGAACCUGGCUCAGUUUUAAAACCGGCAACCAAAAUAAGUAUUCAUCCAGAUUAUAAUCGAUCCACGUACUCAGCAGAUAUUGCAGUCAUUGAAUUUGAAGCCAUGAAGGCAUGGACAAAUAACAUACGUCCGGCCUGCCUAUGGAGUAGAACAUCAAAAAUAGAACCUUUCCUCGGUCAGACUGGAAUGAUUGCUGGAUGGGGCCAUAAUAUUGCUAGUGCAGAAAAGUUACAAAUCCCACACUCAUUACAAGUUCCAGUAGUCAGCCAGGAGGAAUGCAUCCGUAGUUUUUCAGAUUUUCGUCAUAUAAUGACUGAACAAUCUCUGUGUGCCGGAAGCAGAAAUGGAACUGGUCCUUGUAAUGGUGACAGUGGAAGUGGUCUGCUGAUGCUGAAUACCAAUACUUACCAAUGGGAGCUCAGAGCUAUUGUCAGUAUUUCUCUUCUCAACGCAACAGCUCAAACAUGUGACUUGACCAAAUACUUUUUACUAACUGACGUAGCGAAAUAUCGCUAUUGGAUUUUAUCAUUGAUGGAAUAAAAUUUUUAAAAUGUUACUAUUCAGUUUAUUAUAAAUUUAUUGUUAUUGUUGUUUUUGUUAUUAAAUAUUUCAAUUUUCAAAUGA